AUGGAGGUCCUUUUCGCACGGGCGACCAUCGCCAACAACUCCACGAUUGAUGUGCAGAGCCUCCAGUCAUUCGGACCCGCAGAAGCUACCGGUUUCGACUUCACCCCACUGUUCGAAAAUACAAUCCUGAGCAUAGUUCCAUCAGCAAUACUUCUGCUUGCAUUUCCCUAUCGCAUUUUUGAUCUGCAAGGAAAACGACCGAAGGUCGCGCGCGGGGGCGUCUUGCACGACAGUAAACUCAUCUUCCUGAUGGUCUUCGCGGCUACAAAUCUGGCCUUCCUGGUACUGCAAGCGCUCGGACCCUCUCGCUCCACACCCGCAAUUAUCGCUGCAACCUUAGAAUUGGUAUGCAGUCUGGGUCUUGUUGUCCUCUCCCACUUUGAGCACAUUCGAUCUUUACGCCCAUCACCACUAAUUAACGCAUAUCUCUUGCUGACUUUGGUGUUCGACAUUGCCCGUGUUCGAACUCUUUUCCUCAAUGGUGUCAGCGGGCCCUUAGCCGCCUGCUUUUCGAGCAUGAUGGGCGUCAAGAUCAUGGUGUUGCUUGCUGAGGCCAUCGAGAAACGUAGUAUACUUCUGGAGCCGUACCGCUAUCUGUCACCGGAGGAGACCAGUGGACUCUACAGCAAAUCUUUCUUUUUCUGGUUAAAUCAGCUCCUCACUACUGGAUCGAGUCGCCUUUUACGCAACAAGGACUUGUACCCGAUUGACCGCGAUAUGAAAUCGGAGGUUUUGCGAGAAAAAAUGGAACUAGCCUGGUCAGCUGCGUCCAAGGGGAAGCCAAAUGCUCUGUUUGGGGCUAUUCUGAGGGCCAACUUCAAAGCUCUGAUGUACGGUGUCAUUCCAAGAUUUGUUCAGAUUGCCUUUCGCUAUACCCAGCCGUUUCUUCUCACUCGUACGAUUGCCUUUGCCAAUGACCUUUCGCAACCUGAUAAUGUCGGCUGGGGUCUUACGGGAGCAUUCUUCGUGGUUCUCCUCGGCUUGGCAGUCUCUAACGGACUUUAUUACCACAUGGCAUACCGCUUUGUUGUCAGUGUUAGGGGAAGCCUGGUAAGCAUCAUAUACUCGAAAACUGUUGACCUUAGCAUCAUGGCGCUAGACGAGUCCGUGGCCGUCACACUCAUGUCUAACGAUACUCAAGCCAUUUGCUUUGGCUUUGAAACAAUCCAUGACUUUUGGGCAGUACCACUUGAAUUGGGGAUCGCGCUUUAUCUCCUCGCACGUCAACUGGGCAUUGCCUGCGUCGCACCUGCUAUUCUUGCUAUUUUAUCGGGAAUUGGUAUCUUGAUUGUGGCUAAACCUAUGGGCCAAGCACAAAAGACAUGGAUGCAAAGUAUCCAGACACGAGUCAAUGGAACAGCUGCUAUGCUAGGCUCAAUGAAGUCUGUCAAAUUGCUUGGCUUCACCGACUGGCUCAGCGAGAUAAUACAGGGACUAAGGGUCAGGGAGCUCGUGAUGGCAGGAUUGUUUCGGAAACUGCUGCUAGUUCGCGUGUUUCUUGCAAAUACCAUGACCACUGUGGCGCCAUUUGUGACUCUCGCCGUUUUCACCCUUCUGGAAAAGUUCAAUGGUCGCGCUCUAGACGCCAGUUCAGCAUACACGGUUUUAACCCUUAUCUCACUCAUUGCAAGCCCAGUCAAUGACUUGAUUCGAGCGGUGCCCGCGAUGAACGCAGCUAUGGCCUCCCUUACUCGUAUCCAAUCAUUCCUCGAAUCUGAUGCAAGAAGAGAUCCUCGUAUCUUCCUGAGCCAAGCCCUGAGUCUAUCAGAUAGCAGGAGCUUCCCAGAUCAAGUCGGGAUAGAUCUUAAUGAUCAGCCAGAACCUGACUCGCCGGGAUAUACUCAGGUGGUGACUGCUCAAAAUCUUAGCUUCUCAUGGAUCGAGAGCGAGAAGCCCGUUGUCAACAACAUCAGCUUUGGUGUUUCGAGUGGUGAAUUCUGCUUUAUAAUUGGGCCCGUUGGUUGUGGUAAGAGUACGCUCUUGAAAGGUGUCCUUGGCGAAACUCUGUCAACGAAAGGGUUUCUGUACACCAAAUAUCGCGAAACGGCAUUCGUGGACCAAACACCCUGGAUCUCCAACACUUCUUUGCGAGAUAAUAUAAUUGGUAUUUCCCCUUAUGAAGAAGAGUGGUACAAAGAAGUGGUUAAAGCUUGUGCUCUGGACCAGGAUGUCAUCUUAUUACCAAAUGGGCACUGGACAAAGGUAGGAAGCUCAGGGAUCUCUCUUUCUGGUGGACAAAAACAACGUCUUGCGCUCGCAAGAGCUGUAUAUGCACGGAAACGUAUUAUCUUAUUAGAUGACAUAUUUUCCGGACUGGACGCCGAUACGGAAGAGCGCAUUUUUACGAGAAUAUUCUCACGGAGCGGUCUCUUCCGCAGAAUGGGAACUACGGUAUUGCUGGUUACACAUGCAGUUCACCGACUGGCCUAUGCUGAUCACAUUAUCGCCAUGGGAUCAGAUGGUUCCAUUACUGAGCAGGGGACUCUCGAGCAGCUUGAAGCUGCAGGGGGCUAUGUGGCAAUGCUGGAAGGACGCUACAAAACCGAGAAUGAUGGGAACGACGCAACCAGAAAGCAAAGACAAGAGAAAGCAAUAGCCAGUGCGACCGCCGGUCUAGAGGAAGAUGUGAACGACGAGUUGAAUGCCGCCGAGAAGGAUCUAGCACGACAGACUGGUGACUUCUCCCUGUAUUCAUAUUAUCUUAGCUCUGUCCAUUGGUCCUCGACAUUGCUGUGGGGAACUUGCUUCAUAAUGUGCGGAGUGGCAUCAAAACUGAGCGAGCUUUUGGUCAACUUCUGGACGACUGCUAUUGAGAAAAAUGGCAAUAGCGUUAAUGGCUUCUACCUAGGACUGUACGGCAUGUUGGCUAUCCUGACAACCAUAGGGCUCAUGGGAGGAGCUGCUCACUACAUACUCUAUUUUGCACCGAAAAGUGCCAGAGUCUUACAUGAACGGCUCCUCAAGUCAGUGAUGAACGCGCCGCUAUCCUUCUUUUCUUCGGUGGAUAUUGGGACCACAACGAACAGGUUCAGUCAGGACAUGACCUUAAUUGACAACGAUUUGCCGUAUGCCGUGACGGAUUUCAUGUUAUCGUUGUCCAUGGGCUUCAUGUCCGCAAUUAUCAUGUGCAUCUCAGCGCGCUACUUUGCUGCUACAAUGCCGCUCGUGUUCCUCUUCAUGUGGCUGCUGCAAAAGUUCUACCUCCGAACCUCCCGUCAGAUGCGUCUCCUCGACCUGGAGUCCAAAUCCCCUCUGUUCUCUCAAUUUAUUGAAAGUCUGUCUGGGUUAGUGACAAUCAGAGCAUUUGGGUGGGCGUCAGCUUUCGAAAAACAAAACCAGGUGCUGCUGGACGCAUCCCAAAAGCCAUUUUACUUACUAUUCUGUAUCCAACGCUGGCUUGAGCUGGCGCUAGAUUUGACAGUCACUGGACUCUGCGUUGUACUUAUGGUCAUGAUCGUGAAGCUCCGUAGUGAGAUUAGCGCCAGUUUUGUCGGCCUGGCCAUCCUCAACGUUAUCACGUUCAGCCAGUCCCUCUCAACCAUCCUCCGCAACUGGACUAACCUUGAAACUUCCAUCGGUGCAAUUGCCCGUGUUCGUGAGUUUGUGCUCACAACUGAAAAUGAAAACCGGCCCGAGGAGAAUGUCAUGCUGCCUAUAAAUGACGGCAGUUGUGUCGUUGAUUGGCCUGUUAGCGGAGCCAUAGAGUUUCAUAACGUUUCUGCGUCAUAUCAUCCCGGAGAGAACCAAAAUCUCGUUGUCCGCAAUCUGAGUAUGUCAAUCCGCGCUGGAGAGAGAAUUGGAAUAUGUGGACGAAGCGGUAGCGGGAAAAGCUCGCUGCUGGCGACGCUUUUCCGCAUGCUUGAAGUUCAACCCGAGAGUAAAAUCAUUAUUGAUGGUGUGGAUAUCACACGAACCCCGAGGCAGCAGCUACGCACUGCUUUGAAUGCCAUUCCACAAGAGCCAUUCUUUACGUAUGCUACCGUACGAGAAAAUGCGGAUCCCUCAGGAACACAUUCCGACCACGAGGUCGAAGAGGCCCUACGGUCUGUGGAACUGUGGGAAACUGUGCAAUCGAAAGGCGGCCUGGAUUCUGAGUUGGAUAGUAGUUUCUUCUCACAUGGCCAACGGCAACUUUUCUGUUUAGCGCGUGCAGUGCUGCGAGGUGGGAAGGUCAUUGUGCUUGACGAGGUGACGAGCAACGUUGAUGUCCUCUCUGAUGCGUUGAUGCAGCGAAUCAUCCGAGAGAAAUUUCAGGAUUGUACAAUUCUAGCUAUUGCGCACCGGCUGGAUACUAUUUUGGACUUUGAUCGUGUGGCCUUGAUGCGAGAUGGUGAGCUCGUGGAAUUUGAUGCCCCACAGACCUUGCUUUCGCGCGAGAGCGCAUUCAAAGAGCUCUAUGAUUCUCAGUGA